AUGGAUCGUUACGUGAGUGUUAUAAACGGUUCUCAUUGUGACAAUGAGCAUGAGAUGCUCAAACCCUACAUUAGAAAAUUACACAAUCUUGUCUCUGCUAGUACAAAGAGCUGCAAGGGAGAUCUAGUGGGAGAGUUCGCGUGGACUUCUGUAGAGACAAGGCUACCAGUGUUUUGUUUGCCCAAACUGUCUUCAAGAGCUGCAACGGCUGAAGCUGAGAUCAGAUUGAUGAACAUCGGUGGUAUAGAAGCUACACCUAAAGAUGAGACCAGAUUGAUGAACGUUGGUGGUAAAGAAGUACUAGUUUGUUUGGAUUCCAGUAAAGAUGAGACUGUAUUGAUAAACAUCGGUGGUAAAGAAGAAAAGCCUGGAGAUGAGACUAGAUUGAUGAACAUCGGUGCUAAAGAUCCACCAGAGCUUGAAGAUGAGACCAGAUUGAUGAACAUUGGUGGUAAAGAAGUACUGGUUUGUUUGGAUACAACAAAGCCGAAAGAUGAGACUUGAGACCAGAUUGAAGAACAUCAGUAAGGAUCCAACAAAGCUUGAAGACAGAUUGAUGAACAAUGAUAUCUACUAACUAUUAUAAGUAUUGUUAACAUGUUUGAUCCUUGUGUUGCUUUUAAUUUGUUUUUGUUAAUUAACUGUGUGGUUUUGGCAAUUGGAUUAUUUCCAAUUCUAAAACUCAAAAAUCACUCACAUAUUUUCUACUUACUAGUAUGAGUAUUGUUAACAUGUCUAAUCGUUGUGUCCAUGUUGGACUUUUAA